GAGCGCGCCGCCGCUUCGCCUUCAAAGCGUGUCAGCCGGCUGCGGGCUUUGCUUCUACUUGCCGCGGUUUUUAAAUUUUUUUUCUUCUUUUAACUAAUUGUUUUGCCGUUUUGUUAUUUAUUUUUCUCCUACUUCGUUGCUGUUAUUUUUGUUAUCGUUGUUUGUAAAGUAAUUGCCUCCAUGGGGGGCGGAGGAAAGGAAAUCAAAGCUGCCGCAGCUGAAGGGUGUGCGAGCACGCUGGGGAAGAGCCGAGGAGCCACAGGACAGGAUGGCAACGGGAAGCCCGGCGGCAGCGGGAAGCCCGGCCUCGGGAAGCCCGGCUGCGGCGGGGACCGCUGCCCUCGGCGGGCCGGGCCGGUCGGCUCCGCGCUGGCCGCGCUCCUCUCGGCGCUGGCCGCGGCCUCCUGCGUCUACCUGGGGGUGCGGACCAGCGACCUCCAGGCCAGGGUCGCGGCCAUCGAAGGCGCCCGAGGGGACUUCUCUGCCGCCGCCCCGCUCCCGCCGCUGUCCGGCUUUUCCUUGGAGCAGCUGAACGCGAUGAUGCAGGAAAAAGUGGAGCGACUUCUCGCCCAGAAAUCCUACGAGCACUUGGCAAAAAUACGAGUAGCGAGAGAAGCGGCUCCAGAGUGCAACUGCCCACCAGGUCCUCCAGGGAAAAGAGGUAAGCGGGGAAGAAGAGGAGAGACUGGACCUCCUGGUCAGCCUGGUCCCCAAGGCCCUCCUGGUCCAAAAGGCGAGAAGGGAGAUCAAGGUGAUCAGGGCCCUCGGGGUCUGCCAGGCUUCCCCACAGUUGCUGCUCUGCACAGUAAUCAGAUCCUCACCGUCAAGGGGGACCAAGGACAGGCUGGACCCCCUGGACCUCCAGGGCCACCAGGACCCAGAGGUCCCCCAGGAGAUACCGGCAAAGAUGGUCCUCGUGGGAUGCCUGGCUUAACGGGUGAGCCAGGAAAACCAGGAGAACAAGGAUUGACAGGACCUCAGGGGCCUCCAGGACAAAAGGGUUCUGUCGGAGUGCCUGGUGUUCCAGGGAGAGAUGGACAAGUGGGUGAACCUGGUUUGCCUGGCAUAGCAGGAGAGAAGGGAGAAGCAGGGCUCAAGGGUGACCCUGGAGAAAGAGGAGAAAAGGGGGAUGCUGGUGAGAAUGGACUGAAGGGUGACACAGGAGAAAAGGGUGACCCUGGCUCUUCUGCGGCUGGAAUUAAGGGUGAACCCGGUGAAUCUGGGCGGCCUGGACAAAAGGGUGAACCAGGCCUUCCUGGGCUUCCUGGACUCCCUGGAAUAAAGGGUGAACCAGGUUUCAUUGGUCCACAAGGAGAACCUGGGUUGCCAGGGCUACCAGGAACAAAGGGUGACAGAGGAGAGGCAGGCCCUGUUGGGAAGGGUGAGCGAGGUGAACCUGGAAUCCCUGGACCAAAGGGUGAUACAGGUGAGAGAGGUGACACAGGAUCUGCAGGUCCACGGGGACCACCUGGACAGAAGGGUGAUCAAGGUGCAACAGAGAUAAUUGAUUAUAAUGGCAAUAUCCAUGAAGCUCUGCAGGGACCACCAGGACCACCAGGACCCCAAGGGCUUCAAGGGUCAAAGGGUGAACCAGGAUCCCCAGGAGCUCCAGGAGUUGAUGGAGAGCAGGGUCCUAAGGGCUCAAAAGGAGACACAGGUGAUCCUGGAAUGCCUGGAGAAAAGGGAGGAAUUGGACUGCCUGGCCUACCAGGAGCCAAUGGCAUGAAAGGCGAAAAAGGAGACGUUGGUUUGCCUGGUGCCCAAGGUCCUUCAAUGAUAGGACCACCUGGACCACCAGGGCCACAUGGUCCUCCAGGCCCCAUGGGACCUCAUGGACUGCCUGGCCCAAAGGGUGAACCAGGGUUAAAUGGUCUUAAAGGAUUGAAGGGUGAACCAGGUCAAAAGGGUGACAGAGGGCCCCUUGGUCUUCCAGGAGCAUCUGGCUUAGACGGGAAGCCAGGAGCCCGGGGCAUAGAUGGCCCAGUUGGUCCCCAUGGCCCUGCAGGUCCCAAAGGAGAGAGGGGUGAGAAGGGAACUGUAGGUGACCCUGGACCCAGAGGACCAUAUGGCUUGCCUGGCAAAGACGGCGAGCCUGGCCUUGAUGGUUUCCCUGGUCCUCGAGGAGAAAAGGGUGAUAUAGGAGAAAAGGGAGAAAAGGGGGAAAAGGGAAAGAAAGGCAAAAAAGGGCCUAAAGGGGAGAAAGGAGAACAGGGUGCUCCUGGAUUAGAUGCACCUUGCCCAUUGGGUCCUGAUGGAUUACCAAUGCCUGGCUGUUGGCAAAAGUGAUGAAUCUAACCUUACAAGCAUGAAGUUGUGUAUAUAGUGCUCCACUUUUUUUAUUUAUAGUUGAGAACUGAAAAUUUGAUUUUACAAGUCUGAGAUAUGUUUACAUGUAGCUGCUUCUACUUGUUUGCAAUAGUCCAUACGUACAUCUGUUUUUCACCUACAUCUGCAGUUAGAUGAUACAAUAACUGCAGGAUAAACCUGCAAAGAUUGUCUCUCUAAUGGGAGAGAUCUCGAAACAAUGAUCAGUAAUAGCAAUUAAUAUUUCUGUAAAUUCUUAUAUUUUGGCUUGUGGAUGUGCAUGGACCAUGAGUGCCAUGAAUUAGUUUACAAGAAAUUGUGACCAAAUAAGAGCAAAAUGCAAUGAAAUGUACUGUACCAGCUGCUGUUGGAGUUUACUGACUUGGCUUCCAUGUCCAUCUUAAACACGUCACUGAUCCAUGACACCUCAUCUGCUCGUGUGAACUAAAAGCAUGAGUUUGUGUGCCAGACCUGCCUGCUGUGUGAUCGUGAGUGGCUGCUGACGGUGACCUUUGAUUCCAGCUUCUGAGUCAUUUCCUUUUGUCAUCUCAAGGGAGUCACACCAUGGCUCAUUGCUAAAAAGAGAUAAACCAGAGGAGCAUAGAGAGAGGCCUUGAAUUUUUGGGGAAUAGCAUUCCAGCUGCAGGUGGAUGGCUUCCAUUCUUGUGGGAUACUUGGCCCCUUGGAUCAGAGAGGGUCCCGCCUGUUGAUCAGCGUCGGUUUGCCUUGCACUGCUCACAGAGAAUACAUUCACGAUAGGCCCUGACGAGUCCUUAAUCAAGGGGGACAGAAGUUUGAAGAAGAAACCAGACUUCUCUGUGGGUUGUUUGAAAAGGUUACAGAGGUGCUGCAGGGAUCAUUUGAUGGCAGACACCGCCUGAGACCAGACGCUUCUCAACCUCGCUUGAGGAGGGACAGAGUGUAUGCACUCUGCAUAUUGUAUUUUGGGACUGCUGGAGGAGAAAGCACUCUUGAGGUGGGGAUGAAUCAGAUCAUCCUCCAGAGGAGGAUAACAAUGGAACUGACCAGAGAUGUAUGUAUCAUGGUGUGGUUUUCAGGUUAUUCACUUUAAAUUACACAUAACUAGCUGAACUUCUCUACGGGAAUUUGGAAGCAACGGUUGGUUUUGUUUCCUCUUCCUGCUUCUGUUGCCAUAAAGAAUGCAUUUCAAUCAUCUAUUCAACGUUUGUGAUGACGGCAUUGAAGAAAAUACUUUCAAGCCACAUAUUCAUCUUGUUUCAGUAUUAACAGUUUUUAUUUCAGAGUCUUUGAAGCCUUUGAGUCUAGAAAAGAAAGAGUUUAUUUUUAUGUUUCACAGAAUGAUGUAUUCAUCUUGCUCCUUUUAUGUUGUUACGGUGAUUUUAGUGGACAUUAUUGCUCAAAAACCAUUGGAGAGAAACAAUUCUGUGUGAUUAUCACUGCACGCUUGUCACCACGCUCCACUGUUAAAUGUGUUGAUUUUUCUCCCUUUCUGUUUAGAUGGCUUUCUAGAGAAACAUUUCCUUCUCCACUUUUUUUUAUUGCUAGAAAUAUGUAAUUUGUGCACAUUUGUAGUUUUGCCACGAGGUAUUUUUUACAAUUUUGAGUCUUCAUAUGGUGCACUGAAGUUAGUUUGAGAGUAUAAUUUAUGAGAAAUGGUGCCGUAUUUGGCAGAUGGAAAUUCUUUUUAUAUCUUCUGUUUCUAAUGUACAUAGCAGAAUCAUCCCAGUUUUAGGGUUUUUUUUUUUUGAGGAGUUGUCUUUCAUAUAUAGACCAAAACUAAAGUUGAGGAAGACAGCUUGUCUCUCCAUUCAUAUGAGGGCACCUUAUGCCCUUCUUGGAACGCACAUUUUUCCUGGCUCCAUCCUUUCUAAAUCAUGUGAAGAUGGGGUCACACUUUUUGUAUUGCUUCACAAUCUCAGAUCAAUGGAAAUGCCACUAUAAUUGAAUAUUUCUCUUUGAUGAAUCUUUAUUGUCAUUUUGGUAUAUUGGAGUCAAACCCAGCUUUUCAUUGAGGAAAACCAGAUUUUUAAAGCAAAAAGUCAAUUUAAUGGCUUCCAGUUAGUAUUAUCUUACUAAUAAAAAGAAAAAUUUCACACUAUACGCUGAAUACAUAUGUGUUUUUACUGCUCAUUUCCCUCUUUCCAAUAGUAAGAAAUAAACAAGUGUUCACAGAGGUAAGGAAAUGAGUUUUGCUUUCCCUUAAUUUUCAGAGAUGCAAGUAUCAGCCUGUUAGAACAGUGGUGAUCACAACAGUGGGAACCUUGAGGAGGCACAGACAGACUAUAAAACAUGACCAGAGAGUUACAGCAGUAAUGUGGCUGAGGGCCUUUCAGAGGGAGGACAGGAGCAGCACCAUGUGAGCCUCUGACUUGCCACUUUCAGUCUGCUUGUUGAGGCAGCAGUGUCUCAAAGAACCAGCAGGCUGCGUGAGGAGCAAGCUCCUGCCUGCCAGAAAAGAGUCGCCCAUGCCAGUGUCCUGACUUGGCCCAUCUGGCUGGGUGGUUGAUGCGGAGAUGAGAAGCUGAAUGUUUCUUAAGUUAUCAAAUACUGGCAAUCAAUACAGUAAGAUGAAAUAUUUUUUAAAGGGCCUUCAGAGUAUUUACAUGCAAAAUCAAGUAGGAUGUUUAUCAUCUGGCUAGAUGAUUUAGCAACUCCAUAUUGAGACUGUCCACAAACGCAACUUAUUUAAGAAAUAGCAACAAGAUAAAUAAGGCUGAUAAAUAAUUAGCACUUUUUUUCUUUUUUUUAAAUUUGUGUACUUAUAUUUUUUAACUGCCCUCCUAGCAUCCAUUUCUAUAUGCACCAAUAAAGCUAGCAGAGCUUUUGUCCACGGUUUUCUCAUUCAGGAAAUAAUUAUAGAUGCUACUGUUAAAUGUUAGUCAAAACUCAAAUCUCCUUUAACUCCUUGACAUUGAGACCCUACUGAAGAAACACUCAAGCACCUUCAUUUGCUUUCUUUUCUGUCUUGUAAAUUAAUUUCUUUAUUAAAUUUCUAGCAGGUAGGAAUACUUUUUUUUUUUAAAUAAUCUUACUUGGCUUUUUUAGCCUUUUUGUUGUUCAGUAUCAUGAAAUAUUCAUUCCUUUUAAAUAACCAUGAGUGAGCAGUAGAUAAACAAUUUAAUUUGAAUGAUUAAACUACAUACAUAGAUAUGGCAUUAAUACUUGCAUCUCCGGUUGAAUUGAAAUGAAACUUAAAUAUAUCUAGAAAAGUUGCAUGGUCAGUACAAGAAAAAAAAAAUUAGUUUAAUAUUUCAUCAAGAAAAGCACCCUGUGAAGACUUGCAACAUGUUUGUUUUGUUCAAGAAGCAACUAUUUCUGGUGCUAGUAUAUCUUUUUCCUUUUGAUGGCAAAGCUACAGUUUGAACUGCCAGUGUGUUGUAUCUUUUAGUGGCAUUCCUCCAGAUAGAUAUGAUUUGUUUUGUUUAGUUUUUGACAGGAACAGUAGUUCCUCUACCAGUCUUUUCAGUUGUAGAAAUGUGUAGUGGUAUUAGUCUACACAGUUUCUAUAUCCUGACUUUUUCAGGAAUGAUUAAUCCUUGUUUCUUUGAGAAUUUUCAGUAUUUGUUUCAUGAGAAGUUUUGUAAUUAUCUGUUUCUCCAGUGCAUUAAAACCACAUUGUGCAGAAGUCCUGCUACAGAGGCCGCAAAUCUUUUAAGCACUGUAUGGAAUAUGUCUGACAUACAUGGUCCUUGUCUUCAUUUUCAUGGACUAACUAUGGGAAAGCUUUCUUUCAGGAUGCUUUGGAAAACUUUUUAUUUUUUCCUGAGGUAAAGCAUGAGAUGGUAAAUCACAGAACAAUGAUACAAAGUAUGUUUGAUUUAUAUUUUUAUUUAUUGCUGGUCGUGAUGUCAUAUUCUGAUAGUGUAGCAAAGCAGAAUGAUACUCUUCAUCCAGCUGUUUGUGUAUUAUUUCAGUCUAUGGUGUAAGUAGUGUGAAUGAGUUUCAGAACAAACAGAUCCAUUUGUCUGCACAUGUGUAAAGUAUAGAGUUGGAGAAGGAAUAAUUCUUGAUGUUGCUGUACGGUGUGGACAGUUAGCUUUGGCCCCACUGAGCAUGGCACCAUGGACGGGGUGUGUGUGACCACGAGAGAGACACAGCAAGCCCAAAUGAGAUCAGCAGGCCUUUGGUGGGAGGGUGGUGCUUGCAGGGCUGGGGGCUGUGCCAGGAUACGUGGCUGGGAUCCUGGAUCCCCGUGGGGUAAGGAGGGAGUUGUCCCACUGGCCGCCCCAGAGCUGGGAUGGCAAACGUGGCUCAGCCAUGCAAGGCUCCUUCCCUGGCUGUGCCUCCCCACCCCCAGCAAGGGCAGGGGACAGAGGUGAGUCCUCUCCUCCUUGCAAAGCUCUUUGAGACAUGCAGGAGGAAGGACCCAGAUGUUACACUUUGUAAUAGGGGGGAUAUUACCACCUUCAGCAGUGGGGUUUUGCCUGAAUCAGCGCUACUUCAGUAAGAACUGCAGAGAUAUUGUCAGCCUGUUUAUUGAAAGUGAUGAAAAGGUUCAAGGCAUGCAGAGGUUGACCCUUCCCUUCAAAUUUCCUGAUCUCUGCUGCUUGACCAUCUUAUAUUACAUUUUUAAAUCUCUGUAUUUUACCUAAUGAGAUUCCUAAAUUUUCACACUAAAGACUCACACAAAACACAUCUGCAAACAUAGUGGUCAAAAGAAAGUCUAAUUUGUAGUCAUUGUAAAAAUUCUAUUUCAGUGACUGGAAUUAAAACUAACACUGAUUUUUUUUUUCUUUUCUGCCAUUUAUUUUUAUGGAUGUCAAUGUUGCUGUAAUGUACAAAUGAAGGUUUUCUUGCACCCUCUGUUGUGAAAGUAUUUUACAUGGUGGUUGGAUUCAUUAAAUGCAGUUAGAAACAAGUGCCUGCCACCAUCAUUUCUGAAAAGGAUACUCUACAGAACAAGUGGAGUUUGUAUUUUAAAAGGGAUUUGGAGUGUUGUUUUUGUUUCAUUUUGUUUUUAAAUGCAUCCAGUUAUCAAUGCUGCUUGGAAAUUGAAUUUUCUUUGAAAGCAGGGGGCCUUAACUUAACCUGGGACCGUUAGUGUUUUACUUGUUUCUGUUUUAAAAAGAAAUUGUAUGAAUUUCCCAGAUAUCCCAUUGGUACUUGCACACUUCCCUGAAGUAUUAUGGAGAGUUGGGUUGGUGGAAGAAUGUUUUACAUAUUGUUAACAUAUAUGUGGAUACUCUUAUAUUAUUGUACAUGUUUGGAAAAAUAUCACACAACUUUAAAAAUGUUGCUAAGAUGUAUGUAUCUGACUUUUUCCUUUGGAAAAUAUUAUAUAUUUUUAUUUGUAUUUUUUACUUUUUUAAGUUCAUCUAUAUGUGCCGUUAUUUUUGUAUUGCAAAUGGUCUCAUAAAUGACGUAGAAGAGAUAAAAAUACAAAGAAAAGUAAUUUGGCAAAGAUUUCGGUAUUUGGGGGGAAAAAUACGUGGGUCAGCAUCAUAUUAUCAAUACUAGAAAUAUUUUGAGUGUCUUAGCACUGUAAAUAUGUCACAAGACCUCUUUUGAUGAGUAGUGUAAAGAAUUGCAAGGUUUUAAUCACCCAUUUUAAUUUGUUAUUAUUUUCCACUUUCUUGUGGCCACUGGUCUGGACUUAAUUGAACCCGAUCAAACAGCAUGCUUUUGUUUUUAUUAUUAAAAUUUCUCCUUGUUUUUCAGUUGAA